ACUUUCUCUCUAUAUCUAUCGCUUUUUCUCUUAUGAAUUAUCUGCUACCGCGCAGCCUCCUAAAAAUUAUAUGAAAAAACUUGUUCUCAAUUAUGAUAAACAUAUGUGAUGUACUUUUUAAACGUAAAACUUUAACUUUUUUUAGUAACGCGUAGACAUAUGUGUACAAUUCAGUUCGUUUAAGUGUAAACGAGCAUUUUUCAGCCCUAACGGAAUACAUAAAUAUCAAUAAACCUGGCCAUGUCAUGGGAGAGUGUUGCAUCCAAGGAUUUUCUUAGCAUUCCAACGAGUCAUAAUUUGUCUGCAACACACUUACUUGCUUCUCCUGAUGGUUCGCGAUACCUUUUAGAAGAUUCAAAUGGUAUAUGCCAAUUUGAUGGAAGCUUUUCGCGAGCGGCAGGACUCGGAUCCAGUCCGGAUGCAACUGGUCCUACGCAUAUAUGGAAUCGUUACGGACUUUUGGGUUCUGGUUCAGUUACAAGUUGUUUUUCGGCGUGUCAACGGAGUCUUAAACAAUAUAUAGCUAAGCGCAAGAUUGAACGGGGGCGGCAGUUAUAUGAGCAAAACCACCAAACAGAAGCAGUCCGGACGUGGCGCAGCGCUCUGAAAGGGGACUGCCAAAGAGAAGAUUGUUUUCAGCUUCUUGGAUACCUUUAUCAGGCUCAUAUGGAUUGGGGAAAAUUUCGGGAAGCAAUUGAAUUCGGCCACCAGCAACUAGGUAUUUCAGAAGAGUUGGAUUCAGCCAAUAUGCGAGCUGAGACAUACCUAAACCUAAGUCGAGCGCAUGCCAGUUUGGGAGGUUUGGAAAGAUCAUUAAGUUAUGCUCGACACUCACUUUAUAACGAAUGCGGAACAAAAUGCCGGAGUGGUCUCGUUCAUUUGACGGUAGCUAGAGUUUAUCUUGAAAUGGGUGGCUUCUCUAGGGCGUUAGAAGGUCUGCAGGGUGCUUUCAAAGUUGCAACGGCUAUUGGCGACCCAUCACUUGAACUUCAAGUAUACGUAGCGCUAUCUGAGCUUUUUGGACGACUUCAGGAUAAUGAAAAGAGUGCCAUUUAUGCAUCUAAGGCAUACGAUCUAUCGCGUUCCCUACAGCUAGGUGAUCUGAAUUCGUGCUAUCAUAGAGCAGCCUUGUUGCGAAUGGCUGUAUCUUUAAGAAAACAAGGUGAACUUGGUGAUGCCCAGGACUAUUGUAAGGAGGCAACCAAACUUUCCCUUAUGUCUGGAGAUCAGGCCACAUAUACACGAAGUAUUCGUGUCAUGGGAGACAUUUACCGAAAAAAAAUGGAAAUUGAUCGUGCUUUUCGGCAGUACGAACAGGCUAUGGGUACGUCGGCUAGCUUAGGUGAUCGUAUGGCUCAAAUGGAAGCCAUGGAUGGGGCAGCGCGCUGUUUGGAGACUUUACGUAUCCAAAAUAAAAUCUGCAACUGCAGACCGCUGGAAUUUAAUACACGUCUUUUGGAAGUAGCUAGUUCUAUUGGAGCAAAGUUUUUGGUUCGAAACAUUCGUUGCCGUCUGGCCCUAAUCUAUCGUGCUUUGGGGGAUGAGGAUCAAUGUAACACCCAUUUUAGACUUGCAAACCAAACCGACGUGGCAUUGGGCUUGAAUUGUGGUGGUUGUGGUAAAUCCUUUGGUCUUCAGCCAGGAAAUCUAGAGGCUUUACCUUGUUCACAUAUUUUACAUGCAAAAUGCGCCUUUGAUGUAAUGCGACGACGCGACCAAAAUGCGCCUAGAUCAUGUCCAGCUUGUAAUAAGCUGUUAAGUUCCCGGUUACACCUUUGCAGCAGUGUUCCGACAGGCGUGGAGUCUGAAAGUUCCGACGGGGGAAACGCUGUUACGGUUGACAUUAAGUCAAACGUAUUAUCCAUCGAUGGUCUUCUAGAAAUUAACUCUGAAACCAUUUUGCCAUCAUCAGUAUUUACUAAUGUCAAUAAACCCGUUCAGGAUAAUGAGAACAUUACUUUCUUAUCUCCAAAAGUUAUGUACAAUAGCAACUUAUCAUUAGCUUCUUUAAGCAUGCGCGCAUCCAGUCUUACUAUUGAUAGCGCUGAAAAUGCGACGUCAUCGGUAUAAACUGAUCUUAAAAACGUGACUGUUGAAGGAGGUGUUCUCCUUUAUAAAGGAGAAUCGCUUACUGUAAUGUCGCUUGUCGACCAAUAACUUAUCGUAUUUAAAUAAUGCAUUUUGAAUGCGCUCCAAAGUUAACAAAGGCUUCAUUGAAUUCUUCAUGUGGUGAAUAAUGUUGCACGUAACACUAAUUAUGCAUUAAUUAUUUCCUUUUUAUUUUGAAACUAGAGUACCUUAUUAAAGCUAAUACUUGUUACAUUAAAUUCAUUGUUAAAAAGUAAAAGUUGCUCAAAAUAUGUAAUGUUUGAAGGUAAUUUAUUAUUAAAUAAAUAAAACGUU